GGUAAAAAAGAAACCUUUAAGAACUGAUACGAAAUAUGCCGAACAAACUACUCCUUAUGAUAGAAGUCAUAGAACAGCGUGGAAGGCGGGGUUAGCAAGCCGGUAAUGUAAAGGUAGCAGCCGCUGCGCAAUUAUGAAUUAAACAAAUGUGUUUUUGAGAUCUUCAUUUUUAUGCAACGAAAGAGAUUAAUAGGGAGCUAAUGCCAAAUUAACAACUACCUACAUAAUGAAAGAAAACAAUAAAUCAUAUUUCACCUUCCAGCCUUCCACCAGUUUACCAAGUCGAGAGCUCCGAGAGUUAAAGACCCAAUUUUAACCCCCACCUCCCCAGCUAGGGUUUUUAGCACACUGCAAUUCUUCUUUGUGUGCACUUUUCAAGCUUCAUCCACCAGUAGAGCUCAAGGAAUGCCAUGGCAAACAAAGCAACCCCGGGUGAGAGCAGAACAAGGACAUCCGUGUCAAUUUUGAUAGUAUCCGGUCUCUGUUGUUUCUUCUAUCUAUUGGGAGUCUGGCAAAGAAGUGGGGUUGGAAAGGGAGACAGUAUAGCAUUGGAGGUGACUAAAACCAGUCAAGCUUGUAACAUCCUGCCUAGCCUCAAUUUUGAGACCCACCAUGGUAGUCUACCUGGCAACAUCCAUGUCUCCGAAUCAAAUGUGAAAGAGUUCAAGCCAUGUCAUCCUCGCUACACUGAUUACACACCCUGUCAAGAUCAAAAGCGGGCCAUGACUUACCCUAGGGACAACAUGGUCUACCGAGAAAGACACUGCCCUCCUCAAGAAAAGAAGUUGCGUUGCCUUGUCCCUGCUCCUAAAGGGUAUGUAACUCCAUUCCCGUGGCCGAAGAGUAGGGAUUAUGUCCCUUAUGCAAAUGCACCUUACAAGAGCUUGACAGUGGAGAAGGCCAUUCAGAACUGGAUUCAGUAUGAAGGGGACGUUUUCAGGUUCCCAGGAGGUGGGACCCAAUUUCCUCAAGGAGCAGAUAAGUACAUUGAUCAGAUUGCUUCGGUUAUCCCAAUUAAAGAUGGCACUGUUCGUACUGCAUUGGAUACUGGUUGUGGGGUUGCGAGUUGGGGUGCUUAUCUUUGGAAGAGAAAUGUUAUAACUAUGUCCUUUGCUCCAAGAGACUCACAUGAAGCUCAGGUUCAGUUUGCCCUUGAAAGAGGUGUGCCUGCUGUUAUAGGGGUACUUGGAACAAUCAAAAUGCCAUAUCCAUCCCGUGCAUUCGACAUGGCUCACUGUUCCCGCUGUUUAAUUCCCUGGGGCGCUGGAGGUGGAAUCCUAAUGAUGGAAGUGGAUAGAGUUCUUAGGCCCGGGGGCUAUUGGGUUCUUUCUGGCCCACCUAUCCAUUGGAAGACUAACUACAAAGCCUGGCAACGUCCAAAGAAAGAACUCCAAGAGGAGCAAAGAAAAAUUGAAGAAAUUGCUAAGCAUCUCUGUUGGGAGAAGAAAUCUGAGAAGGGUGAAAUUGCAAUCUGGCAGAAGAAAACGGAUGUUGACUCAUGUCAAGCUGCUCAAAAGAAGGCUGGAGUUGCAUUUUGUCAAUCUACAGAUCCAGAUGAUGUCUGGUAUAAGAAAAUGGAGGCAUGCAUAACUCCAUCUCCCAAGACUAAGAUUGAUGAGAGUCUCAAACGAUUCCCAGAGAGGCUUAACAGUGCCCCCCCUAGAAUUGCUAGUGGGUUGGUCACGGGAAUGUCAGUUCAGGCAUAUCUGGAAGACAACAAGAAGUGGAAAAAGCAUGUUAAUGCUUACAAAAGAGUGAACAAAAUGAUCGUCUCUGGAAGGUAUCGCAACAUUAUGGAUAUGAAUGCAGGAUUAGGAGGUUUUGCUGCCCAACUCACAUCUCCCAGGCAAUGGGUUAUGAAUGUCAUUCCAACAAUUGCUGAGAGAAAUACUUUGGGCGUUAUAUAUGAACGAGGGAUGAUUGGCAUAUACCAUGACUGGUGUGAAGCCUUCUCUACAUACCCGAGGACUUACGAUCUCCUUCAUGCUAAUGACGUUUUUAGCUUGUACAAGGAAAAGUGUGAUUUUGAAGACAUUCUGCUGGAAAUGGACAGAAUAUCAAGGCCAGAGGGUGCAGUCAUUUUCAGGGACCAAGUGGAUAUGCUGAACAAGGUGAAGAAGAUCAUACUAGGGAUGAGAUGGGAAUACAGACUAAUCGACCAUGAAGACGGCCCCCUUGUUCCUGAGAAAAUACUUGUUGCAGUCAAACGGUACUGGACUUUGAAUGACAAUAGUUCCACAUCAGCACAUUGAAAUUAUUUUGACGACUGCCUGAUGCGAUCAAUGGUGCUUAUUGCGUGCCUGAAACCAUGCCAAUGCUAUUUUAGUACAAGAAAUCAUUGACCCAUUGUAGCGGUUGAAUUGCUUUGGGAGGUCUGUAUCCUUGACAUAUGGUUUAUUUUUGCAGAAAGCCAGAAACUAUAGAUAAUAAAUGUAGCCCUGUAACAUCUUCAUGCUUCAAGAGGACGCUUGGUACAUUCUUUUAGACUGAAUAGAACCUAACUGGUGUAAUUCACUUCCAUAAAGAAUCUAACCCCCUUGGAGGAGUUACUUAAUAACGAAAAGAACAUCUGAAGAGUAGAUCGGAUACAAAUUGCAUUGCUUCGCAGGUAAGAAUGUGAAUGUAUUUUUUGUUAACUAGUUUUGCAGCGAGGCAUUGCCCCUGGUGCAACUCCU